CGUCCAUAUUAUUAUUUGGAGAUCUGAACCAUUGGCUCGAAGGAGUGUCAGUCAGCUUCUGUGGUCCCGCCCCCUUGCUCAAAUAUCAUGCGGUGAAUGGUCAACAGACGGGCUUCUACUGUCUGCUCGUAACCACAGACUUAAUCUGGACCUGGAUGCGUGCUGGAGGAACCUGUUCGCAAUAACAGAGGAUAAAACACUCACGCGUACAUCUCCAGCGGUCAGGUCAACGGAUAGAGAUGCUGUCGGCUUCGCUUAGCACGUUUCACCUGGGCGACCGGAGAGUUUGGUCGAUGUGACAUUCCUUGAGCUUUUUGUUCUGGUCCCGGACGCAGAGCAGCGCUCGCGCUUUGAGAAGAUGAUGCUGAGUCGGCUGAUGAGUGGCAGCGUCAGAAACCUGGAGCGAGAAUACAUGUGUACGGUCAGGCUGCUGGAUGAUACCGAGUAUACCUGCUCCAUUCAGAGGGAUGCCAAAGGCCAGUAUUUGUUCGACCUCAUUUGCCACCAUCUAAACCUACUGGAGAAAGACUAUUUUGGCAUUAGAUAUGUCGAUCCAGAUAAGCAACGGCACUGGCUGGAGUUUACCAAGUCAAUUUCUAAGCAGAUGAAAUCACAACCUCCAUUCAUCAUGUGCCUGCGGGUAAAGUUCUACCCACCAGAUCCUGCUGCUCUAAAGGAGGAGAUCACCAGAUAUCUCGUCUUCCUACAGAUCAAAAGAGAUCUGUACCACGGUCGUCUCCUCUGUAAAACAUCGGAUGCGGCCAUGUUGGCAGCUUACAUCUUGCAAGCUGAGAUUGGAGACUAUGACCCAGGAAAGCAUCCAGAGGGCUAUAGCUCCAAGUUCCAGUUCUUCCCCAAGCACUCAGAGAAGCUGGAAAGAAGGAUUGCAGAGAUUCACAAGGCGGAGUUAAUAGGUCAAACUCCAGAAACAGCUGAGCUGAAGUUCCUGCAGAAAGCACAAAUGCUUGAAACAUAUGGUGUGGAUCCUCAUCCGUGCAAGGAUGUAUCUGGUAACCCGGCUUUCCUCGCCUUCACUCCGUUCGGUUUUGUCGUGCUUCAGGGGAACAAGAGAGUCCAUUUCCUCAAGUGGAACGAGGUGACCAAACUGAAGUUUGAAGGAAAGACAUUCCAUAUAUAUGCAAAUCAGAAGGAGGACAAAAAGAUCAUCUUGACAUACUUCGCACCAACUCCAGAGGCCUGCAAGCACCUUUGGAAAUGCGGUGUUGAAAAUCAAGCCUUCUACAAGUUGGAGAAGUCGAGCCAGGUUCGUACGGUGUCCAGCAGUAACCUGUUCUUCAAGGGGAGUCGUUUUCGCUACAGUGGAAGAGUAGCCAAAGAGGUAAUGGAACAGAGUGCAAAAAUUAAACGGGAACCUCCAGAAAUACACAGGGCUGGCUUGGUGCCCAGCAGAAGCUGUCCAUCCAUCACGCAUGGGCCGCGGCUGAGCAGUGUCCCACGGACCCGCCGGAGAGCCGUACACAUAUCCAUCAUGGAAGGUCUGGAAUCCUUGCGGGACAGUGCCCACUCCACUCCAGUGCGCUCCAUGUCCCAUGGCGACUCCUUCAUCCCACGUUCACGGAGCCAGGCAAUGGACUCGGGCGAUGGGACAGCACUCAUCUCUGAUGAGACCUACAGUCCCUCUGACAGUGUGCUGCCCACACCGGUGGCCGAGCACAGCCUGGAGCUGGCAGUCUCACGACAGAUCAACGGUGCCACCCGCAGCAUCGAGGAGGAGAAAGAGUCAGAGGCGGGAACGCCCGCCGUGGGCGACAUGACCGAGUUAGGGAUGGACAGCAUUGUCAAAAGCAUAGGCAGGGAGGCCGCACUCAGUGAGACGGAACAGGUGAAUAAGUUUGUUUUAAGUGUACUCCGUCUGCUCCUUGUGACCAUUGGACUCCUUUUUGUCUUGCUCCUCCUCCUCAUCAUCCUCACUGAGUCCGACCUUGACAUUGCAUUUUUACGUGAUAUCCGCCAGACCCCUGAGUUUGAGCAGUUCCAUUAUGAAUACUUUUGUCCCCUCAGACGGUGGUUUGCCUGCAAGCUCCGCUGGGUGGGCGGGCUGCUCAUUAACAAGUGAAAAUGAGGCACUAAAGCUCAUAAAGCCUCCCUUUUUGGGGUUGAGAAGACGCUAAACACGUGGAGAGAGAGAGAGAGAGAGAGACGGAGGGCAUCGACCUGUCCCAUGAACCCAGCUUCUUUCAUGACACUCCUGCAGACACAAGGGGGACCACCAGGCCCACAGCUCCUCCUCUUCCACUUUUAGUUCUUUCGCCCCCAUCCAUUGUUACACCUUUAUUUCUGUCUUUUUUUUUUUUUACAAAGACAUUUCAGGUAUUUUAUUUUUAUACUACAAAAAAAAAGAAAGAAAAAAGGAAUAUGAAAUAUUUUGCUGCAACAAGAGAAUGUUGCCUUCAUUUAUAUUUAUUUUAAAAUAAUGAUUAUUAAAGUCUUAUUAAAGAAUGUUGUGCAUUAGGUCAAGUUGGUAUGUUAUAGUGGGUUUGGAAAGAACAAGAAAGUUGAAAACCAAUGCUUUUCUGAGUUUAUGCAUAAUUCAUAUCCAUUCGUCAUGUAACUCUGAGUAAAUUCUGAAGGCUGCUAUAAUUUACCACAUCAACGAUCAGAUCAGCAGAGGGUUAUAUGUAAGGCAAGAAUGUGCAAGUUAUUUUGGAAACGAAAGCUGAGGAAAGACUGGAAGUGAUGUCAUUUGAAUAAAAACUGAUGGGUACAUUUGAUUUCUGUAUUUGGUAGCUUGAGUUUUAGGGUGUCAAAUACGUUUUAGGAAUAUAAUUGUGUUUAGGCGGUAGCAAGAAUUAACUGGUAUAAAUUGUGUUAUGUCAUGUGACCCAGUAGUGUCAGUAUCUGUUAAAGUUAUUAAGAAUGAUUUAAAAGAAACCCAUAGAUCCAGUCUAGUUGCAGUAGAUGUGCAAAAUUGAAUGGGUUUGGUUUUUAAGAACUAAGUACAUCAGUUUUUUUUAUUCAGGAGUAUGUUUAUUUGCUUUAUCAUUAUGAUUAUUUUUUAAUUUUCCAUUCUGAAUCUUUCUCUAUAGAAAUAAACCCCACUAUAUUUUUUUUUAUUCCAUAUCAAUUUUGUUCUUAAGUUGGUAAUAUAUUUGGUUUUGGGGAUAUCAUGCUAUUAUUAUUAUUAAUUACAUCAACAAUGCUGUACUUUUUGUAAAAAAAAAAAAAAAAAAAAAAAGUAGUUAGUUUCCUAAUAUAUCGACAGUUUUUCCAUGUAUAUUUUAACAAAAACUGAAAAGUUAUUUUGUUAAUGAAAAUGAAAUGGUAACUUUUUUAGCUCUGUGUUCCAGAUGAGGCCUAGAAUUUACUGCGUUUCUGUCGAGGGCGGCACGGAAAAGAUUUUAACCGGUAAUGAGAAAACCAUCCCUAUGCUUUGAAGAAGACAAAGUUUGGUAACAGAACAGCAUUUGAACAGUACUGAUGACUUUGCACACAGUUUAGCAAAAAGACUGUGUGUGUGUGUGUGUGUGUGUGUAUGCUUAUAUUUUAACUGAUGUUUUUGGCAAGAUGUACUAAAAGGCCAGGUUUAGUCUUUAGUACACUAUGUCCUGAUUGGUCUAUAGCAGUGGUUCCCAAACCUUUUGCAGCAUGCACCCUUUUCUAGUGUUUGACACCUGUCAAGCACCCCCCAACACCUUACUCUGGUUAAACUUCACAUUUUUAAUUGCAAUAACUAAAUACAAAUACUCUUGUUAAUCUUCAUAAUUUUAACUGCAAUAACUAAAUACAAAUAUUCACUGUAGAAUAGAAAACAAAACAAAAAAUCUGUUAUAAGUACAAAAGAUUACUUUCUUUUUUUUAGUGAGAUUGAUGGCCCUGCAUUUUCUUUCUUUUUCCUGCCAUUACAAACAUUCUCUCACGCACCCCCAGUUUGGGAUUCACUGGUCUUUAUUAUUCAUUUGAAGACUGAAAAUUCUUCCAGUGGCAUGCCAGUUGGACAGGGGUUUUAUUUUACCAUAAAUUAAAUAAAUAUUUUGCCUGUCCCUUUGAAACUGCUAUUGAUGUAAUUGUUUUUGUAUAAGAGAAAUGGAAAAAUAGGGGAAGCAAAUGCAACACGCAGAAGCAGCAGACUUAUUUUUGUGUGCAGUGAAACAGAGACCAGAAUAUAGAGACAAGUAACAGCCAGUGAUAAUUACCAUAGUAAGGGGGAUGUUUUUGAUCUUACAUUGGUAUUCAUGCUACAAUAAAUUACAUUAAUUGCUUUUAAAUAUAGCAUUAGUUUGUGGCAGCUCACGGGCUUGGCUUUACUAGUAGUUAUUUUACAUGAACAUGCUUCAAUCCUCUGAUCACAAUCUGCUGUUGUGUAUGAGGCCAGAAUCACUAUGGUGCUAGUGAACCAAUUGUCACGACGGCUGAGAUGUGUUUUAGGAAGCGGCUGACUGUAACAGUAAUUUGUUUGUCAAGAAUUGUGGAGUUGGGUCAAAUGCUUUUAUAACCAUUUCGUAGAACCGCUGUCUUCCAACGACUACAGGAGC